AAUGAAUUGCUCUUAUCAUAUUAGAAAUAGAGUAUCAAUGAUAUGCAUAGCUCCUCACAAAUGUAAAUGUUUAAGGAAGUUGUGUGUUGAAUGCAAAUUUGAACAUGAAGUAGAUACCUAAAAUCAUAUAGUUUCUAUUGAUAAAUUUCAAGAAAUGGUUGUCGAAAAAUUAAAGGAUUAUAAUCUUGAUGAAACAUCUGUAAUAAUCAAAUAAAGAAUACAUUUUGAUUCUAUGAUCUCUCAAACUGAAAUUAUGCUGAAGAAAAUUUGGGAAUAAUUAUAAAUAUCAAUCAAGUCAAUAUACACAACCAUUGAGAGGAGAAAUAAAUUAUUUAUGAAUAUCUUAAAUGAAAAUACCUACAUAGCUAAUUCGUCAUAUUCAGACUUGGAGACAUUAAUACAAUUAUUAGAUAAAGAAUCAUUAAAAAAUUGGAAUAUUUAUUUAAUGAAAUUGGAAAGGAUGAAGGUUUGGUGGGGCUAAGAAAUUAUAGCUUUUAAUGAAAAGCUGAGGAAAGAAAUGAAUAAUAUGAUGUCCUCAAAUAAUUAUUAUGAUCAGUUUUAAAGUAUUCAACAAAAUGAAUUAUUAAACUAAGUUUAUGCAUCGAAAGAAGAUUUACUUGAGGUGUUAAUUUCCUUAAAAGAUAUUGAUAAAUCAUUAUUCUAAUAGAUUAUUGAGAUGUUAAGAAAGGAGAAAGUUACUGAUUGUUUAGAAUUUCUUUAAAAAGAUUUUGAUCAUAACCUUUAACAAUAUUAUAUAUGUUAUACAAAAUAAAAGAAUUAAAGUAAUACAGGUGAAGAUAUUAAUCGUUUUGUUGGUAUUAUCAAAAAAAUUCAUACGCAUGAUUUUAAUAUAAAUAAUUAUUCCUUGGAGUGUUAUAAUGAAUAUAGAGAGGAUUUAAUUGGAAAAAUUUAGAAGAACGAGAUAAUAUUAGAAUUUUUUAAAUUCCUUGUUCAUCUGACAAGUAUAGAUCGCAGAUUUAUCUAAUGCGGAUCAAAUUCUCUGAACUUAUUAGUCUAGAUGAAGGUUGAUUUGAGAGAAUAAAGCUUUCAAAAUAUUUAGAUUGCAGGUACUUCAUUAAUAGGAGGUAAUUUUGUUAGAUGCAAUUUGAACGGAUCAAUUUUUGAGAAUGUUGAUAUAAGUGGAAUGAACUUAAAUGGAGCAUAAUUAAUGAGUUGCAAUUGGAAAAACAUAAAAAUUAAUCUAAUGUAAAGAUUUGAUGGACACACUAGUGCAGUCAGAUCUAUAUGUUUUUCUCCUGAUGGUACUACUUUAGCAUCUGGUAGUUGGGAUAAUUCUAUAAGUUUGUGGAAAGUUUAGAAUAUGCAAUAAAUCAUCAAAUUAUAAGGUCAUACUGGCUGGGUUUAUUCGGUGUGCUUCUCUCCUGAUGGUCAUACAUUAGCAUCUGGUAGUGAUGAUAAAUCUAUUACUUUAUGGAAUGUUAAAACAGGAUAAGAAAAAGAAAAAUUAGUUGGUCAUGGCGGAAUAGUUUACUCUGUUUGCUUCUCUCCCGAUGGAGGCACUUUAGCAUCUGGUAGCACAGAUAUGUCUAUCAUUUUAUGGAAUGUUAAGACAGGAUAAUAAAAGUCCAAAUUAGAUGGCCAUAAGGGUUGGGUUUAUUCAAUAUGCUUUUCUCCUAAUGGAAGUACAUUAGCAUCUGGUAGUGAAGAUUGUUGUAUUAUUUUAUGGGAUAUGAGAACUGGAAAAAAAAAGUAAAAAUUAUCUGGCCAUAGUAGUUGGAUAUAUUCAAUAUGCUUUUCGCCUAAUGGAACUACAUUAGCAUCUGGUAGUAGAGACCUCACAAUCUGUUUAUGGCAUGUUUAGUCAGGAUAAUUACAGUUCAAAUUAACUGGUCAUAAAGAAUCUGUACUAUCAGUAUCAUUCUCUCCUGAUAGUAAGACAUUAGUAUCUGGUAGUGGAGAUAAUAGCAUCUAUGUAUGGGACGUUCAGAAAGGGCUAAAAAAGGCUAGAUUAUUUGGUCAUGAUAGUAUGGUUUAUUCAGUUUAAAUCUCUCCUGACGGUAUUACAUUAGCAUCUGGUAGUGCAGAUAAGUCGAUCGGAUUGUGGGAUAUUUCGGCAGGCAGAUAAAACGUAAAUUUAGAUGGAGCUUAGGAUAUUGCCUUAUCAGUAUGCUUCUCUCCUAAUGGUACUACAUUAGCAUCUGGUUGUGAUGAUAAUUCUAUCCGUUUAUGGGAUGUUAAGACAGGAUAAUAAAAAGCCAAAUUAGAUGGUCAUUCAUCAUGGGUUUCUUCAAUUUGUUACUCUCCUGAUGGUACUACAUUAGCAUCUGGUAUUAAUGAUGGGUCUAUCUGUUUAUGGGAUGUUAAGACAGGAUAAUAAAAAGCCAAAUUAGAUGGUCAUAACGAUUGUGUAAAUUCAAUUUGUUACUCUCCUGAUGGUACUACAUUAGCAUCUGGUAGUUACGAUAACUCUAUCCGUUUAUGGGAUGUUAAGACAGGAUAAAAAGCCAAAUUAGAUGGCCAUGAGGGUAGGGUUUAUUCAAUAUGCUUUUCUCCUAAUGGCACGAUAUUAGCAUCUGGGAGUUGGGAUAAGACUAUCCGUUUAUGGGAUGUUAAGACUGGAUAACAAAAAGCAGAAUUAGAUAGUCAUUCAUCAACAGUUUAUUCAGUCAAAUUCUCUCCUGAUGGUAGUACAUUAGCAUCUGGUGGUGGAGAUCUGAUUGGUAGCAAUGAUUACUCCAUCCGUUUAUGGGAUAUUACAACAGGAUAAUAAAAAGCCAAAUUAGAUGGUCAUUCAAGUUAUGUUUAUUCACUCAAUUUCUCGCCUGAUGGCACAAUAUUAGCAUCUGGUAGCGAUGACAAGUUUAUCCGUUUAUGGGAUGUUAAGACUGGAUAGGAAAAAGCCAAAUUAGAAGGUCAUGUUAGCUCCGUUUAUUCAAUAUGCUUCUCUCCUGAUGGUGCUACUUUAGCAUCCGUUAGUUUAGAUAAGUCGAUCUAUUUUUGGGAUGUUAAAAUCAAUAAUCAAUAUUAAACCAUUUUUUCCUAAUUUAAAAAGCCACCAUAACUUGAUUAAAUAUUACAAAAAGGUAUUCUUUUUUCAAUUUUAUGUAGUUUCCACAAAUUUUAUGAUUCAAAAUAUCUCCAAAUAACCUAUAUUUUAAGCAAAUGGAGCAAUGAUUUUUAACAGCUAAUUUCUAAAUUAAUACAACAUAGAUUUAAGAAUAUUGUUUUAAUAAAAAGGUGGUUUGAUUCUGGAUAACUAAAUAGAAUAUAAAAAAAAUUGA